GUUGCCGCAUGUUGCGUGCGGAGUCGUAUUGAACACACGUGUAUGGGCCGAUAGCUUUUACCAUCUGACAGCGGCACUUGUAGACGUGAACUUGACCAUUUUGGUCACGUUUGUAUCUCACCAUGGAGAACAUGGCAGGACUUCCCGAAUUAAGAGAACAAGCAAAUCAACAAAUCUGUGAAAUGGUGAAAACGAAAGUCAAUGAGUUGACAAGUAUAUGGUCCGAUGUGGGCAUCAGUUACGAGCCCACGCGAAGCCGGCUCGAGCGGACUCGUGCCCACAUUGCCAACCUGUUGGACCAAAUGCUCGAGGGCGAAGUGGAAAUGCGGGAAAGGUUACUUCGAAACAUCACAGAAUUCAGCGAUGAGCUGCAGAAGCUGUCCCUGGAGCUCUCAGUUCCCAACCCUGCGAUUGACGAUUCUCUCACGAUGCUCGAGAAGGAGAAUGUCAUCCGGGAAAGGCUGGAACAGCUUAAACAAAUCAAAGGGUUCCGCAAGCGCGAACGUAAGAAGCUGCGCUCCAAGGAGUGUGAGCUGUGCACCAAGCUGGGCAUGCCAGCUCUGGCCCUUUCCAACGCAUCCACUCCUACCGAGAAUGACCUACAAGAGCUGGAGCAGCACGUGGCUCAGCUGGAACGAGAGAAGGCCAUUCGCUCGUGCACACUCUCUGCACUGCGGAACAGCAUCGUCGCCAAGCUCAACCUGCUUGAUCUUCAACCAGAAUCAGAGCUGGAGAUCCAGCUGGUGGAAGACCAGGACGGCUUUAUUCUCUCCAACAGCAACAUAGAUGAAGCAAGGGCAUACCUUGAACGGCUGACGAAGCUCGAAGAGGCGAGGCGCCAGGAGCUUGCUGCCCUGCAGGACCAACUGGCUCUGUUUUUUGACCGGCUGGACAUCCCACCCGAAGAGCAGGACCGCAUUCGGGACACCAGCAGUGGCCUCACUCCUGCAACAAUGGCUGCGCUCAAGGACAAGCUCGCCGAAUACGAGCGGAAGAAGCGAGAACGCCUUCGGGAGUUCGUCGUCAGAGUCAAAGAUGAAUUACUGACUUGGUACAAGAAGUGUUGUCUGCCGAAGAGUCGGGUUUACCUCGACGAUGACUGUGAAGAUGUCACCGAGCAACACCUGGCAAAGUUGGAGGAGCAACUGAAGUCCCUGAAGGACUUCUACUCUGAGAACAAGGUCAUCAUAGCCAAGGCAGAGCGUCAUGAAGCCCUGUGGCUGCGAUCUCUCGAGCUGGAGAAGCUUGCCAUGGACCCAUCUCGCCUGAUGAACCGGGGAGGGCGCCUCCUUCUCGAGACCAAGGAGAGGCAGCGUCUGCAGACUGAGCUCCCGAGGCUCCGGCAAGAAAUCAAAGACUACAUUACCACCUACAGUGGCAGGAGCGAGAUAUUCGCGUUGUGGGGUAAGGACUUCCUCAGCCACCUGGAUUCCCAGCAGCGCGCACAUGCUGAAGAAAAAGAGCGUGAACGCCUUGAAAGGGAGAGCCGUCGCAAAGCUACGCCCUCAAAGUCGAGCAGCAUGAAGAGGACCUUCUGUGCGACACCUUCCAGUAGUGCAUCCAAGAUGUCGCGGCUUGGAAUAAGCAGUGCCACCAUCGGAUCCAGCAGGCGCGGAGGCACACCAGCCAGCAAGAACAACUUGGUGGCGCACGGUGGCACACCAGUCCGUGCUGGUGCUGCUGCCAUUUCAGCUGCAAAGAGCAUCCGGCGGCGCUCACUGAAGGCCCAGAAGAAAAGUGCCAAUGGCCGGCAGCUGUUCAAGGGCAAAGGAGCCGAAGAGGCAUCCACCAGCACUGCCGGACCCGUGGGUGGGCUCACCUCCAUGGACAGCUUCGCACACUUCCUCGCCCAACGAAACGGGAAGCAGCUCACCAGCAGCAUACUCGAAGCACCGAGGCCAUCACAACCUGAAGCCGCACCACAAGCCGCAGGACCAGACUUGGACUUGACACUCACAGAGGAGCAAGUGCGUCCCUUGUAAACAGUCCAGGUGUUUCUCAUUUUUUUUUUUCAUAUUUACAAAUUCCAGUUGUCUGUUCAUCUGCAUAACUUUGUAGACACUCAUGUAAAAAUUCUUGUACAUAAUUCCCUUGUGUCGUCAUGCAUUUAUAAUUUUAAUUUUUAAGCUUGACAGUGAUUCCCUUUGUACACACUCAUGUAAAAAAUUUGUUGUACAUAUUUCACACGUGUCGUCAUCCUUUUAGAAUUUGUUUUUAAGAUUGACGGUGAUUCUAUCACCAGUAGCUGCACCAUGAAAUAGAAGUUGCAAUCUGGCGUUGCUCUAAUAAAAGGAUUAUUUGA